UGUCACAAUUCCACUCUGUUUCUGUCUCUGCUGCAUAAAUUUAAUUUUGAAUUUGGAAUUCUAUUAAAAAAAUACUAUUAUAUUAGCUCUGCUUAAAGGAGAUCCUAUACAGCGAUCUGCGGAUGAUCAAAUUGUGACUGAAAUCUAAAGACAUGGCAGAACAACAACCCCACAGUGCAGUUGAUGAAGAGAAUGUAAACAGCAGUGACAGUGAAACUCCUCCUGAAAACUCGCGCAGGUGUGUACAGUUACAACUGCCAGACCACACGGCGGCAUAUUAUGAUCGCACAGAACUAACAAGGGCCACGGAGCCAAUAACAUGUGAUAGUAAUUUAGUAGAAAAUGUGUGCAGUAACUAUAUAAUAGUUAAGAACAUACUUAGUCAUUUACCAUGGCAAGAAAAGUUGCUGUGCAAACAUGUAUGUUCCACUUGGAAUUCUGCUAUACAUGCCCUAAAAAAGGAACAAUUGAAUCCUGCAGAUUUUGUGAUAGAUCUACAAUUAAGUGCCAUAAAAAAUGGCAUUAAAUUUAUCAAGUCAUCCAAUUUUCCAACAGAGCCUUUAGUGGUUUUCACAUUUUUAAACACAGCAGCUAUGGAGUUCACUUCUAAAUGCAUGUCAUUGUUACCUCACCCAUGUAACCCGCCUUGUGAGAAGGAACACAGUAUGUUAGACUGGGUGCAACAAGAGGUUUGUGCUCCAAAGAACUGCAUGCUAAUUGUGCGAGCUAGUCACCUCUCAUACUUGCCUCUCUUGAAGUCACCAACAUUUGGGAAGUCAAUUACCUAUGACCUUAUGUUCAGGGGAUUAUAUCCCACCAUCAGUGGACUUUAUAUUCCCACAAUACCAGAUGUUAAAUACCAAGUAAUUAAUAUCAAAUCCAACAGCGAUUUGGAAAAAGCUUUCUAUUAUGAGGUCAGAGAGGAAUCAAAAGAUAAUAUUUUCAAAGGUGUUAUUGUGUAUGUCACAGAAAAGUACCUUUUGCAUUCUGUUGAAGAUUUUCAUUAUUUAAAUUAUUUUAGGGAGGUCCAACCUGAUAUACCUUAUGCAUUGGGUGGAUGCAUUGUAGAGGAUUCCAUAUAUGAUAAAAAUGAUAUUAAACUAAAUAUAGAUUGCGUGAAUACUGGGGAUUAUUUUGUUAGUGAGAAUUUAAUUUCUAUUGGAAUUUUCUCUGUCCCGAAGAGUAUCAUUAAUACUGAAGGAGAAAAGUGCAGCUUUGAUAUGUAUUCACUUGUUAUAGAAUCAACUGACUGGCACAAGACGAAAAUACAAAAAGUCAUAAAUGAGUUCGCAAAUAGAGUUCCUCAGUUUGAACACAGUGUGGUGCUGAAAUUAUCGUGUGUCGGCCGCGAUAAGAGACAUGAGAUGGAGCAGAGUUAUUUCCGCGCCGCUUUUCCCAACACUCCGCUCAUCGGUUGUUAUGGCAACGGAGAAAUUGGGAUCAAUCAUCCGGCUCGGCUAGUUGUCGAAGAACCACCAAGUAGAAAAAGACAACGACGGGACCCUGCACCUCAGUUAGGCAUUGUAUACUCAUAUUCAACAGUUUUUGUUUACAUUGGGUGGGGUAAAAUAACUUCAUCUUAAAGACAUUUUGUAUUAAUGUUAUUAUAUGUAUAGUAUUAAAUAAAAAUUAUACGAAAUAAGUGGAGGCUAUAUUAUGAGAACUGUCUGAACUGAACUUGAAUGGAAUUUGGAAUGGAGAGUGAAGAAUGCUGCUGAGUUGUGAGUGUAAAAUUGCAUGUGUUGUUUCAUAUUAAAGGAGAAAUAUUUGUUUUGGUGUUAAUAAAAUCUAACACAUCGAACCGUGCCAUUCGAUGGAAAAUAAAACCUACCAACAGUGUCACAAUGUCUUAGUUUUGUUAUAAUGUCUGUUUCUUACACCAAAAUAUCUAUGCUAUUGAAAAUAACUGUUAGAAAAGUAUGUAAAGAUGAUUUAGAAUAUAAUUAGGUAUAUAAUCAAUAUAAUAACCAGUUGUUAUUUUUAUUCUAGAUUAAGGUGUUGUAAUUCUAUUAAUUGCUUAUUACUAUAGGUAAUGCGACCCUAGACUUAUAAAAUAUACUUAAUUUUGACAAGUACGAUUUUAGACAGAGACUGGUCGCAGUGGACGCUUUUUGUUCUCGAGUAGAUUUUUUAAAUGUUAACUCUGUUUGGAUGUACACAGGGAUGUAUUCAUCCAUCUAUGUAACAUUUUUUUGAGUGUUUUUUAUUUAUUUGUUUUCCUGUGCCUCUGUGUCUGUUUCCUGUCCCUCUGGAGACAAUUUUAAUUAAGUAAUAAUUUUAAGAAUUAAUAUAUUUGAAGAUUUUUACAUUCGGGAAUUUAAAGAUUAAUUUUGUUUUAACUGGUACAUAUUAACUUAUUUUGAGUGUUAGCAUGUGAGUAAACUACGCUACAUAUAAAUGGACUUAUUUGGAAUAUGCGUAGGCAAGUAGUUACCUUUAUUCGUUUUACUAUAUAUUAUAGAACUACUUUUAUAAACAAUAUACAUUAAUAAUUUAUUCAGAUCUGAUUAAUGCAGAUAAUCAAAGGUGGAUGUAUUUCGUCUGUGCGUACCCACAAAGUAAUCGUUUUUCGAUCAUGAUAUAUUU